AUGUUCUCUGCCAUGCUGAUGGACGCCUACCGCGACGAACGCCCCGGGAUCCGCAACGCCUACAGGACGGACGGUCAUCUCCUGAAUCAACGGCCGAUGCACUUCCAGUCGCGCGUAUCCACAACCACCGUUCACGAACUCAUCUUCGCCGACGACUGCGCCCUGACCACCACCUCGGAAGAGGAGAUGCAACGCAGCAUGGACCUCUUCUCCGCCGCCUACGAGAACUUCGGUCUGGCCUUAACACGCAGAAGACGGUGGUGAUGCACCAACCGCCACCCAACUCAGCCACAGCCCCCAACGCGCCGCAGCAAAUCAGCGUGAACGGAACCCAACUGCAAGUGGUGGAGAACUUCCCGUUCCUGGGCAGUACCCACUCCCGUAACACCAAGAUCGAUGACGAAGUCGCCAACAGGAUCUCGAAAGCCAGUCAAGCCUUCGGUCGCCUCCAAAGCACAGUUUGGAAUCGUCACGGUCUUCAACUGAACACGAAGCUGAAGAUGUACAAGGCCGUUAUCCUGCCGACGCUACUGUAUGGCGCGGAGACCUGGGCGGUGUACGCAAAGCAGGCACGCCGCCUGAACCACUUCCACCUCAGUUGUCUUCGUCGCAUCCUGAGGCUGAACUGGCAGGAUCGAAUCCCCGACACUGAAGUGCUGGAACGGACGGGAAUCGUCAGCAUCUACACCAUGCUGAGACAAAUGCAGUUGCGUUGGAGCGGCCACCUGGUUCGCAUGGACGGCGAGCGACUACCCAGCGACUCUUCUACGGAGACGUCGCGACGGGUUUUCGCCGCCAAGAAGGCCAAAUUCGCCGUUACAAGGACACUCUGA